AUGUUCCGCACCGCUCCUCGCAUGGCCGGUUUCGUUUUCCGCGAGAACCGUGUCCCUUACUACCAGCGUCUCUUCCAGAACCACGACGGCAAGCGCCAAUGGUGGAAGACUUCCCGUAGUGGCUACAUCAUGUACCCCUACCUGUUCACUGUCUACGGCCUCGGUGCCGCCACUACUUACGCCAUGUGCCGUAUGGUCUUUGGCAAGAAGACCUGGUUCGGUGACAAAUAA